UGUGUACGCCGCACGGAGUGCAUACCGUACAACCGUGUAAGCGGACAGUCCGCGCGUUAACAAUCCGUGACGUCUCCUAUCACAGACGUUCACUAUUGUUAUUUAUAAUAUUAUUCGUACGUAUUAUUAUUAUCAUCUCCGUAAUAUAUAAUAAACACAACAGUAACAAUAACAAUAAUUCGUACGACAUCGUAAUAUAUUAUAAUAAUAAUAAUAAUAAUAACAACAACAACAACAAUAAUAACGAUAUCAUUACAUCAGUCAAUCGUACGGUCGCCGUCGGUCGUGCGGGUCGAGCGGAUCGACGCCCGACAGGUCAAGACUUAACUGUACGCGUCCACCGCAGCUGCGGCGUCGUCAGCUUCGAGCGCAGUCGGUAGUACGUCGGGCGUACGCGUUCCGAUCCGUUGAGACGCGUUCGCGAGUUGCGGUCUUUUGUCUAUUUAUUCGUUUAUUCAUUUAUUAUCGCCGUCGAUCGCCGUGUGUCAGUCGUCGGUGCGUUAUUUUUUUUUACUCGGCAGUUGCGCUCGCGUCGUCUCGUCGUAGUGUUACGGUCCGCCCGCUCCUUUGUCGUCCCUUCCUGUCCGCUGCGCGCAACCGCUCUCGACCGGUGCUCGACAUGACCAGACCCGCGUAAGUUAGUCGACUGUUCGACGACGGCCGUGUGCGGUGUUCUAGUGUCUUAGAUAGUCAGAGGCGCCUACGCCUACGCUUUUACGACGACGGGUUUUCGGAUUUUCGUUUGUGUUUUUCCACUGAUGUUGGCUGGACGACGUCGCGCAACAUGGUUAAAAGAUCUGAUGCAACUGAAGCCAAAAAAAAUGGCACGAAACAUGAAAAUGCUAUAAAAUAUGGUGAACUGAUUAUACUGGGGUAUAAUGGCCAAUUGACGGCGGGUGACAAACGGAGGCGACGCAGCAAAUUUGUGUUAUGGAAACGUGAUAUUGCCAAUGGGAUAAAAAGAUCAAACCAUUAUGUUGUUCCAUGCCCUCAAAAUUCACAUGCUGUUCUAGAUAAAAAUCAGCAUUCAAUUUCCUACACUUUAUCAAGAACCGAAGCGGUAAUAGUGGAAUAUGUUAAUGAUGAUCAAACAGAUAUGUUCCAAGUUGGAAGAUCCUCGGACUCGCCAAUUGACUUUGUCGUUAUGGAUACAAAUGCAGAAAAAAAUGCAGCAGCUAUCAAUAAUUUACCAAUUGAUAAUAAAAAAACAGCUGCAGCAAGUACUAUAUCAAGAUUUGCGUGUCGCAUAAUUUGCGACAGAAACAAUACAAACAUAGCUCGAUUAUAUGCUGCAGGAUUUGAUUCUUCUAGAAAUAUAUUUUUAGGGGAAAAAGCAACUAAAUGGAAAGACGGUGAAGAAAUUGAUGCACUUACUACAAACGGAGUGUUGGUUAUGCAUCCAAGUGGAAAGUUCCAUAAGGGAAACACCGAACCUGGCAUUUGGCUGGAGGUGUCGGUGUGUGGAAAGUUAUUUUCUUUGCGUGGGUCUCGAUCAGCCCAACUCAAAGGUGAUAUGGUUGAAGAUUCGAAUAAUAUUUUAACUGAUGGAACAUUAAUCGAUUUGUGUGGUGCAACCCUACUAUGGAGAUCAGCAGAGGGGCUCAGCUUAUCUCCUAGUAGAGAAUAUUUAAAAAAGCUGAUUGAAAGGACAAAUCGUGAACGGCCUACGUGUCCUGUUGGUCUAUACACAUUAGUGUUUCCUCAUCAUUCGGAAGACCAUGCUACUACGGUAGCAUCUUCGGAAGUUGCAGAUAUAAAGCAACAGCCAUAUGCAUAUUUACAAUGUGGUCAUGUUCAGGGUCGUCAUGCGUGGGGAUUGAAUAAAGACUCCAAUAGUAGAACAUGCCCAAUGUGUUUAAAAGUUGGUGGAAUUGCCAAGCUGAGUAUGGGUAUAGAGGCUUCAUUUUAUGUACAGGAUAAGGAAAAACCAGAUUUAUAUGCCUUUAAUCCAUGUGGUCAUGUGGCUACAGAAAAAACCGUAAAAUUUUGGUCAAAUGUUGGGAUACCCUAUGGGACAAAUGGUUUUGAGGCAUUUUGCCCAUUUUGUGCAAAACUUCUUGAAGGGUAUCCAGGUUAUGUGAAGUUAAUUUUUAACUAAUUUAAGUAACAUUUUUUCACAUUAUAAAAAUAAGUAGAUUCCUUUAUAUAGUUAAUACUUUAUUUAUCCUAAACCUUAUGAAGGUAGUGUGAUAAUAUUAACUUUUUUUUUUUUUUGUUAUCAAUUUGUGAGUUUUAUUUUUGUCCUUGAUUUUAUGACAAUUUUUCAAUUUAUAUUUUAAACUGGAUAACUAGGUUAUUAUAUUUUAUAGGGUUAAAACUAUGUUAUUGAACUAUUUUUUACUUUUGCUUUUAGUUGAAUAUUUUUUAUUUUUUAUAUUAUUUUAUCACUUCUGCCUAUAUCACCGGUAAUCUCUAAUCAAUAUAAUUUUAUUUUUAUGAGGUAGUUUAAAAAUAGUGACAAUCUCUAAAAAAACUGUUUUUAAUCAACAAAUCUCAGUAUUAGUUAUAAAAUUACUAUUGAAUAUCUUUUAUGAUAUUUAUAUUUUUGAAGAUCUUAACAAUACUACUUUUUGAAGAUCUUAUUAGCUAUAAUUAAAUUGAAGUAGAAAGUAUUGUAUUAGGGUUGCCAUGAAUAAUCUAUUUCUAUAUAUCUACUCAGUCAUAUACAUUUUUUAUAACUAUAAGUCAUGAGUACUUUUAAGUUAUUUUUAAUAAUAUCAUAUUUUAAUCACAUUAUCACAACAUGAAUAAAUUAAUGAUUUCUGCGAAUUUGUUGUUUUAAAUAACCUAAAUAUGAGCUGCUAAGUAGAGGGGGUGUCUGAAAAGACUUAAAUAUUUUUAAAUAUUAAAAUAUAAUACUUUUAUUUUUUUAUUUUUUAUGAGAUUUUAGUUUCUGAAAUAAUCUGUGAAUGUUUUGCUUUUACACUGUUAUAUUUUAUGUUAUUUAAUUAUGUUCACUAACAUAAUGAUCAUAUUUAAUAUGUUUAAAAUUUUUGAUAAAAGUUGAAAUUGGGAUAAAUGGCAAUCCUUUUACCUAUACUUGAUGUUUAGUUUUGAUUAUAUUUUAUGUGGAAUAUUGUAAGGUUUUUUUUUAUUAUUAAAUUUAUUUUUAUUACAUAGGUAAGGUUUUAAUCAACUUAAGUAAAUAAUAAAUAGUUUUCAUAAAUGUAUUGAUUCAAUUAUUGAGAUAUAUUUGUAAGAAGUGGUGCAACUAAAAUAUUAUAUAUUCAUUUUUAAAUAUUUAUUUUCUUUCCGUAUCGAUAAAACAAUGUUUUAAAGUACAAUUUCAGUAUAGUAUUCAUACAAAAUAUAUAUAUAAUAUAUUUAAUUGCACAGUUAAUAUAUUUUAAUUAUUUGGUGUGUAAGCUGGUGUGAUAUUUCAAGACUGCAAAUUGCUAAUAAUAAUUUAAAUCAAUAAUGGUAAUAUUAUUAAUAUCUACAGGCUUUUAAAAUAGUUUGAGAAUGUUUAUCUUAUAGAUAUUAAUAAUGAAUGCUUUUAGUACAUUUUCUCU